AUGUCCUCGUCAUCUUCAAGAGCAAGAGCAAGUAGUUUAUCAUUAGGUCAUAAUGAUCCUCUUGUUCUAGGCCGUGUAAUUGGUGAUGUUUUAGAUCCCUUUACAAGUUCUGUCAACAUGAGGGUCGUUUACGGCAAUAACAUUCAAGAGGUUAUCAAUUGUUGUGAAUUAAGACCCUCCCAGAUCAUCAAUAAACCAAGAGUUGAAGUUGGUGGACAUGACCUUAGGACAUUUUACACUCUGAUCAUGGUGGAUCCUGAUGCACCUAGUCCAUGUAAUCCAAGCGAGAGAGAAUAUUUGCACUGGCUGGUAAUCAAUAUUCCCGAAACUACAGAAGCAAACUUUGGAGAAGAGAUAGUGCCGUACGAAAGUCCACGACCAACAGCAGGGAUUCAUCGUAUCGUGUUUGUGCUGUUCCGUCAGACUGGGAGACAGAGCGUUCAUGGUCCUGGGUGGCGUCAAAAUUUCAACACUCGAGAUUUUGCUGAGUUCUAUAAUCUUGGAUUGCCAGUUUCAGCUUUGUAUUUCAUCUGUAAACGAUGAUCAUCACAUCGAAGGUACAAGAAUGAAUCUGCAAUACUAGCUCCAACUAAUUAACGAAGGAUGGAGGAGAUUAAAUAAAUUUCAAGUUCAACGUUGAUAAAAACAUGUAUACAUAUAUGCAUGAUUAAGUAUGUAACUAACAUGCUAAAUUGUGGCACAUAGUAGUGUCAUAAUGGUCAUAAAUAACUGAAUUCAGAGUU